AUGAGUAUCUACAGUUUUCUCAUCGCCGUGCGCUCCGAGGGCCAACAACUCAUGAGCGAUACCGGUGAGACCACGUCGCAUCUGAUGGGCAUGUUCUACCGCACUUUGCGAAUGGUCGAUAACGGAAUCAAACCUCUUUAUGUUUUUGAUGGAGCUCCGCCAAAGCUCAAGUCUGGCGAGCUAGCUAAGCGUACCGCUCGGAAAGCCGAAGCUACUGAGGCUCAUGAGGAGGCCAAGGAAACCGGCACAGCGGAGGAUGUUGAGAAGUUUUCACGGCGCACAGUACGGGUUACGAGAGAUCACAAUGCGGAGUGUAAGAAGCUGCUGAAGUUAAUGGGUAUCCCAUACAUCGACGCCCCCACUGAGGCAGAGGCGCAGUGCGCAGUCCUUGCACGGGCGGGAAAGGUCUAUGCUGCUGCUUCCGAGGAUAUGGACACGUUAUGCUUUGAAGCCCCCAUUCUUCUGAGGCAUCUUACAUUCAGCGAACAGCGAAAAGAACCGAUCCUGGAAAUCCAUCUCAGCCGCGCGCUGGAAGGACUCGAUAUGGACCGAAAGCAGUUUAUCGAUCUUUGUAUCUUACUUGGCUGCGAUUAUUUAGAGCCAAUUCCCAAAGUUGGACCUAAUACUGCCCUGAAACUCAUUCGGGAGUUUGGAAGCCUCGAGAAGGUUGUUGAGCAUAUGGAGAGCGACCCGAAAAAGAAAUACGUUAUUCCGGAAGACUGGCCAUACCAGGAUGCAAGAGAACUUUUUCUCAACCCAGACGUGAGAGAAGCUAGUCACCCAGACUGCGAUUUCAAAUGGGAGGCACCAGAUAUUGAAGGCCUUGUGGAAUUCUUAGUGAAAGAUAAGGGCUUUAACGAAGAUCGAGUGCGCAACGGCGCAGCUCGGCUUCAGAAGAACUUGAAGACUGCCCAGCAGUCACGUCUAGAGGGCUUUUUCAAACCUGUGGCCCGGACCGAUGAGGAGAAGGCGAACCUCAAGCGUAAGCACGACGAGAAACUUCAGGAGCAGAAGAAACGCAAAAAGGAAGAGGCCAAAGCCAAGAAGGAGGCCAAGGCAAGACCCCGCGGUGCUGGGUGA